AUGCGUCAUCAUCUGACGUUAUUGCUCAUCAUACUCUCUAUAUUAAUAUUCUUCUCUUCCGCCAAACCAGUUUUUGGUCCAAUCGGAGUCGCCGAGAAGCAUAAAAUCGCAAAAAUGCUGCAGAACGAACAAAAAUCAUUACAAAUGCUUGAAGAAGAACAAGCUCUUUUGGAGCGAGUUGUGGAGACUUUGAGUAAAGAAAUUGAGGAUAAAGAAGCACAUAUUGAUCAAUUGAAACGAUCCUAUACACAUGGUCAUGGUGCGAUAUCAAACAUAAUGGAUGACUACCGGAGUAGUUUUAAAAAUGGAAUCGGAGCUCGUCCAGGUCGAUGA